UGUAUGCGAAUCUUCCAUGGCCUUGUGCAUCGAGGGAAAAAGUGGUCCGUUCGUUGGGGACGGGUUUGGAUUUACAUUGACGUCACGGUGGGGCAGCGAGCGUUCGUGGGGUUAUAAAAGAACACUGAGGGUGACGACAGAGCGAAGUCAUUCUUUUUCUCCUCAUCAACUACAACUAUCCUCGGGGUCAUCUAAACAGCAACUUCAGCUCCUUCAUCACACAUCCAAUUUCAACCUCAAUCCACCACACAACCAACAAUGGCAUCCAAGGCAGACAUCAUCGAGGAGCGCAAGGCCAACCUCCCCCUCCCUGAGGACCCUCCCGUCGCCUCCGACUUCAACUCCGCCGACGCCCGCACCGUCAACGUCGGCUCCGGUGGCCGCUCUGAAGACCUCUCUCACUCUGGCCUCGGCGGCGACACUCUGCGCUCGCCUGCUACCACCGACGCCGUCGGCAGCACUGGUCGCCAGGCUAAGGACGGCCUCAGCGGUAUCCCCAACGAUGCCGUUACCCGUGACGCCAAGGACAAGGCUGGCCUCGCCGACACCACCAACUAGGGUUACGGCACCCCUUCUUCUGCCAAGC